GUCGCCAUCCUAGCCGCCCCAAAAUUAUACGAUCCUGUGUCCAUUUUUGCUUGAUAUUUAUUUACUUCGGCCUACUACUUAACUUCGUUCUGAUCGAUGCUUUUUCACCUACGCUCCGGAAGGAACCUUCGCCUUCGACUCACUAGCAGCCGUUUGCACACCAUGACUCGGACAUUGUCAACAUUUGCUACGAAGACGGAUCUCCCGAACUCGGAUAUUCCGAUAUUUACGACAAUCGAGUCGUAUAGGGAUUGGAGGCAGAAGGCUUUCGAUGAGAAGAAGAGUGUUGGGUUCGUUCCGACGAUGGGUGCGUUGCACGAUGGGCAUCUUUCUCUCGUGAAGCAUUCGCUGGCCGCGAACGACCUCACAGUCCUCUCCAUCUUCGUCAACCCAGCCCAAUUCGCGCCGCACGAAGAUCUCGCGACGUAUCCUCGGACCCUUCCUCGCGAUCUUGAACUACUAUCCGAGCUCUCAUGCUCUACACCUCUUCCAUCCACCUCUCCCUUUCCUUCGCCUUCGAAAUCCUCGGUCCGAAGACCAUCGGCGGUUUUCCUACCAGCGGUCAAGGACAUGUACCCCUCGGGUAUCAGUCAAGACCUAGGCAAGCAAAAGGGCACAUUCGUCGAGGUGAAGGGAUACGGAGAACAGAUGGAAGGAAAGAGCAGGCCGGCGUUCUUCAGAGGCGUAGCCACCGUCGUCACCAAACUCUUCAGCAUCAUCCAGCCAACGAACGCCUACUUCGGCCAAAAAGACAUCCAGCAGGCGCUCCUCCUCCGACGUAUGGUCUCAGAUCUACACCUCGCGCAUCCGACCGCUUCCCGUCUGCGCAUCAUCCCGACCACGCGGGACUCGACCACCGGUCUCGCGCUCUCCUCCCGCAACGCGUAUCUCACGCCAAAGGAGCUCGCAUAUGCACCAGCCCUCUACGCAGCCCUCCGAACCGCUGGCGAAGCCUGGGAUCAGGGUAUGUGCAAAGGGGAGUGCAUUGCGCGGGCAAGAGGCGCGUUGCAGGAGUUUAUGGAGGGGGUGGCUCGGAGUGAGGGCGGACUGGAGGGAAAGGUGGAUGUGAGGGUGGAUUAUAUCGAGUUCAAUGAUGCGGAUAGUUUUGAUCCGUUGUUGGAGUUGGAUGGUGCUUCGAAUUUCAGGUCGGAGGCGGGCGAAGGGGGAGGGAAGGCGGUGAUUUUGAGUGGGGCGAUGUGGGUGGGGAAGACGCGGCUGAUUGAUAACUUCGUGUUGGGGGAUGACGGGUCGAUUUUAAGCACUUGAAGGAUAGACGGAGUGGGCGAUUGGCAGUAUAGCACACCAGCUGGAGCAUACUUGGAUAAAUCAUCGUAUAUCACACUUACCUCAGCCAAUAGUCGC